UAUUGAAAUAGUGAUGCAAGAUUUUCACUUUUUAUUUUUUUUGUCUAGUGUAAAUAUAUAGAAUAACUACAAUGGAGUUAAGAGUUGGAGGUAGAUAUAGGUUGGGUCGAAAAAUUGGAAGUGGAUCAUUUGGUGAUAUUUAUUUAGGCUCCAGUAUCACCACUAAUGAAGAAGUUGCGAUAAAACUGGAAUGUCUGAAAUCAAAACAUCCACAAUUGCACAUUGAAGCGAAAUUUUACAGAAUGAUGCAAGGUGGAGUUGGUAUUCCAUCCAUCAAAUGGUGUGGCACUGAAGGAGAUUACAACGUUUUGGUGAUGGAAUUACUUGGACCUAGUUUAGAAGAUUUAUUUAAUUUUUGCAACAGAAAGUUCAGCAUCAAAACUGUGUUGUUACUGGCAGAUCAACUGAUCAGCAGACUGGAGUAUGUCCACUCGAAGAAUUUCAUCCACCGUGACGUCAAACCAGACAACUUUCUCAUGGGUCUGGGUAAAAAGGGCAACCUGGUAUAUAUCAUCGACUUUGGACUGGCCAAAAAGUACAGAGACCAAAAGAACCAUCAACACAUACCUUACAGGGAAAACAAAAACUUAACCGGAACUGCACGAUAUGCAAGUAUAAAUACGCAUCUUGGCAUAGAACAAAGUCGACGAGAUGAUAUGGAAUCUUUAGCUUAUGUUUUAAUGUACUUUAACUUGGGUACAUUGCCAUGGCAGGGCUUACGUGCCGGAACAAAGCGACAGAAAUACGAAAAAAUCAGUGAAAAGAAAAUGUCGACUUCCAUUGAACAACUUUGUCGUAGCUACCCACCUGAAUUUGCGACCUAUUUAAAUUACUGUCGUGCUUUGAGGUUUGACGAUAAACCCGAUUACAGUUUCCUACGUCAAAUAUUCCGCAGUUUGUUUCAUCGACAAGGAUACACAUACGACUAUAUCUUCGACUGGAACUUGUUACGAGUGAGUGGCUCACGUAAUGACGAAGAAAGACGGAAAGAUCACCAUGGUGAUGGACAUCAUUAUAGCGGACAGAAUUUUCAAUUAAGAACAAAUAAUCGUACGACUUCCGCACCAAAGCCAAGAGAAGCGAUUGGAGGUGACCGACGUUUAUCCGCAAGGCAAAUUUCCGGUGAUGGCGAUGAUGUGGUACGCUCUUCUUCGCAGUUGCGUGGAGGUAUACCAGUUUCUACAACGACGCGCAAAGUAAGCAGAGACAUUUUAAAUGACGGACGAUCUCCAUCGCGUCACCACAGAGUGAGCGCUAAACCUUGAUAUACGUGGCCACACUGACUGGAAAAUGUUAUAAAUAGCGUGUAUAUUUGUUUUCAUUGAGCUGCAUAGCCAAUGGUGUAGAACAUUCACGUUAAAGCAAUGCCGUAAAGAAUGGACUAAUCCUGAUACAAACGGAAUUCCUCUCGAAACAAAAAUAUAUACGCGCGUUGCUAUGGUCAACGGGCAAGACUUAAAAAGUUGGCAUUGUAGGAACACGAAGAAUUUUAUUUAAUUUAAAGAUAUGGUAACUAAGUUGCUGUUUUUCUAUAUGUUAGCGAGCUGUUGUGGUAGAAACUUUGACACGAUGUGUACACGUGUCAGUGGGUUGAAAUAAAGCAACAAAUAUUCUCGCUAAACGUGUUAAUGUAUUAUUAUUAGUCAGCCACUAUUUUACGAAAGAUGUUGCACGUAUGUGGUAGCUAAACAUCCCCACCCUCGAUCUACUUGAAAUAGAAUUAUAAACUGAAGCUCGUACUGUUAAUGAUCUGCAGAAAAAAAUCAAGUUUUUUCUUAAAUUUUGAAUUUGCUAUAUGCUUAAUGUUUAUUUCGUUUCGAGUUUUAUGCUUUUAAAAAAUAAAUCUUACUUUUAGCUGAAGUAAAUAUUGCUUUAAAUUUUUCCUUUUCUCACAAGAAAGAUAUUGCCCUGCGUACGCGAAAGAAACUUUUUAUUUUAAAGUAAACCUUCUUUGCACAUUGCACAUUUUUUUAUAUGAAUGAGAGUUUAUUAUAAAUGCAGCAUCAUCUUCAGUUAAUAAGACAAAAAAUAGGGUACUUAAUUUGGGCGUGUCUGAAAAAUCUACUACAGUUUUAUUUCGAUUAUCAAUAUACUGACUUGAUUGUGUUUUUUUACGAAGUUCUUUAUGACCCAGUGUGUGCUUCGAUUUGUGUGUCGGAAUUUUCGUUAAACGAUAUCCAAUUUCACUAAUUGUUAUUUUUUUGACUAACCAAACCAACGAGCUCUUCUUGACGUCAAAUCGUGACUCGUCGUCCGCAAAAGGGUUAUAUUUUCAACGUCAUUUUUUUUGUUAUGCCAACUUACAACUAAUCUACCAUUUUUUGCUGAUUCGACAACGCACUGUGAAUCUGUGUGACGUAGUCUGAAAUUCUAACUAUAAGCCAUUUGACUCGAUUAGCCUCGCUUAACCCGUUAGCCCGUUGCACUAGUAAUCAGGCCACACAAUAGCUAUAUGUUAUUAACCUUAAUUUUUGCUCUUAUUAUUUAAUGUUUAAAACUAAGAAUGCGAUUAUUUUGUAUGUUUUAUGAAGUCCCAACCUCGAUCCCAAGGAUUUUUAAACUUACGUAUUUGUGAAGGUUAAAAUCUUGGAAUCGAGGUUGGUAAAGAGUUUAGAAAGAACGGAAUUAUGACAAUAGUGUAUAUUCAUUUUAGAA